GACGUCCUAGUCGGUGCCGCUGCGUCGGACAGCGCAGUAUUCAUCAGGUCGGCCCCGGUGCUGGCGGUCGAGGGCGCGGUCACCUUCGCCCCGCCCGAGGUCAGCCUCGGCAACAGGUCGUGCAGCGUGGGCGGCGCGCAGGCGCGCGGGGAAGCCGUCGUCUGCCUUCGGGUGAAGGUCGCCCUUGCCUUCACCGCCGGCGGGAGGGCGAAGGGCCAGCCCGUCGACGUCACGCUGCAGUUGGACCCCAAGCAAGGCAGACUCGUCUUCGUGAGCGACGACCAGAGCCAAAUAACCUACCGAGCGAACCUGAGCGCAGAGGGCGGGCCCGCCGACGUCAGGACGUUUGAGGUUUACGUCCUGCCCGGGCGCCCGCGGAUCGACCUGCCCCUGGCGGCCGCGGCGAGCGUGGCGCUGUUGCCCUCGCAGGUGGAUCCGCAGACGGGGCCCGGGCCCGCGGGUGAAGCGACGCGCGUGCCGCCUGUCCUCGCCCUGAACCGCCCCCGCGUCAUCCAGGGCCACGGCAGGCUGACCUGCGAUGACCCCCUGACCUGCUUCUCGAGUCCGGACCUCUCGCUCACGGCUGCGCCAGGGCAGACUCUGACGGCGGGCGACGAGGCGCGCGUCGCGGUGGAGCUGUGCGUGGGCGCUGCCGCGGCCUCGGCGGUGCGGCUGACGGCGUCCUUCCCGGCGCCGCUCUCCUUCCGCCACGUGUCCGGCCGUCGGCUGCUGCCGCAGUGCCAGCCCUCGGCGGCGGAGUUCUCGGACCGCGGCACGGUGGUCUGUAGCUUCCAGUCGGAGCUUCGGCGCGAUAUGAAGAUCCCGCUCGAGUUCACCUUCGCCGCCGCGCCGCUGGCCGUCGCCGACCUCCUGUUGGCCGCCCCGGGCGCUGAGCUGCGCCUGAGCUUCACCGCCAGCAGCGACAGCGAGGAUCUGCAUCCGGAGGACAACAGCCUGGACGUGGCCGUGCCCCUUCGCCUCGACCACCAAGUCUUCGCCCUCGGGUCCUCCGCUCCCGAGGUCGUGCAGGCGUUCGCCAACCAGUCCCUCAACCUGCAGGAGCUCAUGGACCCUCGAGUUCACUCGAACACCCCGCCCACGCGCCUCGGCCCGCCCGUCGCCUUCUCGUUCACGCUCGCGAACCACGGGCCGUCGCCGCUCGUCGGGGCCAAGUUGGUGCUGGACGUCCCCGCGCGCGUGCCCAGCGGCCUGCCUCUGCUCUACUUGGUGGAGGACCCGGUGAGCUCUCCGGCGCUCACGUGUUCAGGGCCGGCGCUCAACCCUCUGGGAUUCCAGGUGUCCAGGGACGAGGCGCAGUCCGACGCGGCGGGCGCAGCCGAGCCACCGCCCGGUGUGGCGACCUUUCCCGCAGACGACGGCAGCCCGACGGCGGCGGCGACGGAGAGGACCAGGAGGAGCGCCCCCCGAGACUCCCUGUCGGCCUCAGCGGAGACCCUCAGCGGACCCAUGGACGACCGCAGUCACCUCAUCCUCUCCUGCGACAACGUCGUCUGCGAGAGCUUCGUGUGCGAGCUGCCGCCGAUGCUGAGCGGAGAUAGCGUGGCGGUCUCCGUGGCGGGGUUCCUGGUGGUCCCCACGCUCCUGACCGCUCGCCACAGCCUCCUGAUGGUCGAGUCAGCCCUCAGCGUGGAGGCGAGCCAGGCGGACGGCCGUGCCCCCCGCACCUCGCGCCUCGCCGCCCUCCGGACGCCCGUCUACGUCCUCAGGGAGCGGACGCCGCACGACCUCCUGUCGCUCGACUGGUUCUACUACGUGGGGGCUGCCACGGCCGGCCUCCUCCUCGUCGUCGUCCUCGUCGCCGUCCUACACAAGAUUGGCUUCUUCAAGAGGACGCGCGUCCUGCCCUUGGCCUCGGGUGGCGACGCAGGCGAGCGGGAGGCAGUCCUGGGCGACUCUUCGCAGGAGUGAGGCGCAGCGCCCUUGGCCUCGGGCGCCGGCGGGCAUGCGAGCAGCGCCUCCCGAGCGGGGCCGGCGGAGACGGGCUUGGCGCGGCGCAGCGACGAGCGAGCAAGGGCGGCGGGGGGAGGGGGGGGCCGCGAGUCAAAGGCUGAGUGUCUGCCUCAUCCGCCUCGUCACGCGGCGGCCGUCCAGACCCCGUCAGUCAGCAAGGAGCAUCGCGCACCUGCCGUCUCUCCCGCCACCCGCCGGCGCAUUUCCCCGCGACCAAAUUCUCGGCUGCGGGCGGAGCAGCGCCAGGUGGCUGCGGCUCCGAGGCCGAGGGGCCGCGGGUCCAGCUGGCACUUAGCUAUUAAUCUAGAGUUAGACGCGUCCGAGUCUGUUAAUCGAUUAAUUUGUAUUGAAGUUAACCUAAUGUAGUAAGUAGAUCGACUUGUGUAAUUAUUAGAGUGAAAAGGGCCUAAUCGUGGACUGGCUGCCUGAAACAGCCACCGUUCUGGUGAGAGAAUAGAGACGAAGUGAAAGAGGGAGAAGCAGUAAGGAUCAUGAUAGCGGCCCUAUUGGGGGGGGGGGAUUCACACGGCAGGCGCGGCGAUGCACUUGAGGAUCACUUCCCUCUGCCGACCACGCCUUCAGUUGCACUUAAGAUACCUCAC